UUCAAAAUGGCGGUCUGUGUGGCUGUCAUAGGAAAAGAGAAUUAUCCACUGUUUUUGCGCACGGUUUCACCAGAAGAAGAACUAAAAUUUCAUUACACAGUUCACACUUCCUUGGAUGUUGUUGAAGAAAAAGUUUCCUCACUAACAAAAAGCUCCAAUGACCCAAGGGAAUUAUAUCUAGGACUUCUUUACCCAACUGAAGAUUACAAAGUAUAUGGUUAUGUGACAAAUACAAAGAUUAAAUUUGUUAUUGUCGUAGAAACAGCUAAUACAACUUUAAGGGAUAAUGAGAUUAGAACUAUGUUUAGAAAACUGCAUGUUGCAUAUACUGAUAUGUUUUGUAAUCCAUUUUAUAAUCCUGGAGAGAAUAUAACAUCAAGACGUUUUGAAGUGAUCAUCAAGGAAAUGUUAAAGGAAGACUAAGUUCUAGUCUAUGUACAGUUCUAUUUCUGAUCUUUGUAAAUAAAGGACCUCAUUCAAAAUUAAAUACAUCCUAAUACUAACUAAUAAUUAAUACUAUCUAGAAGAGAAUAUUGAACACUUUUUGUUUUUAUACUCUGCUGAAAUAGUAAAUAAUGCAGCGUCGAAGACAACCAGCGUGCAUGCAGUUUAUUCUUGAAAAUAUCUCAGUGUUAAGGGUUUCUUAUGUGUAAACACUGCAUGAAACUCAGGCUACACAAGAUUCCCUUUCCCAAGUUAAAAAAUAAACAAAGAAACACACUUCGGGCUAUAAAAGAAUUUAUUGCAGAUAAAUGUUCGGUGUACAAAUGUUAGGAUGGACCAAAUAAUCAUCCAAAUUGUUAAAUUAGAGCCUCAAAGGUAAAUAAAACACUCUAGCAAUAGAUAUUACGAGUGCACUUUCGGGAUAUAAAUCAUAAUAUAUGAUAAAUGGUCAAUGAAAACCCAACCAAUUUAGRAUAAAAUGUUGUCCAGCAACCCAA